AGCAGCCUCCGCGCCAGACUGGAGCGGGAGGCGGCGGAGCGCAGUUGCUGGGAAUUUUUCAGCCGAGAGGGCGAGCGAUCCAGCGCGAGACCCCGCGAGCCCGGGAGCGGUAGGGAGCGCGAGCGCCCCAGCGAGCGGAGCAAACCUCGAAAUAAUCUAGAAAGCCAGGUUCCCGGAGGAAAUGGGACUGUGAACCAACCGGGGAGCAAGAAGGGAAGGAAACGCCGGGAUUGCUGAUGUCAGAGGAGCCCGGAAAGUCGCGCUGGAAAAAUCUGAAGACAGCCGGGGAUCUGCUUCUUCCCCAGGAGAGACACCGCCAGCCACCCCCACACGCCCCCUCGGCGCCUCGGGGUGCCUCACGCGAACCGGCUCUAGCGCCCGGCGGGGCUGCUGCGGGGCGACGGAGGACAGAGGGGCGCGCGGACCGGAGACCGAGGGGCCACUUCAGGAAUACAGAUAAGUGGCUGGUGGCUUGACGUGGAUUUUAAUGAAUUUGGACUCCUGGUGGAUUUGGCCGUCUCUGUGAUUCCGAGCUGCGGGCAGGGAGAGGGGCACGCGCCGCCCUCGGCAGCCGGCGGCCCAGGCGGACCAAGCAGGGACGGAAGGACAGACCGACGUCGCUGAGCUGGAACCAUGUGAGGGCCAAGCCAGGAAAGUGGAGUAGAAGAACACGGAGGAGUGGUCUCCUCCACCCUGUCCCUCUCAGGAUGGAACAGAGGAGGCCCUGGCCAUGGGCCCCACAGAUUGACAGCCGGUCUGUGGUCCUACUCUCAGUGGUCUGGGUGCUGUUGGCCCCCCCAACAGCCUGCAUGCCUCAGUUCAGCACCUUCCACUCGGAAAACCGAGACUGGACCUUCAACCACAUGACUGUGCACCGCGGGACAGGGGCGGUGUAUGUGGGGGCCAUCAACCGGGUCUACAAGCUAACGGGCAACCUGACCAUCCAGGUGGCUCACAAGACAGGGCCGGAGGAGGACAACAAGUCUUGCUACCCGCCCCUGAUUGUGCAGCCCUGCAGCGAGGUGCUCACCCUCACCAACAACGUCAACAAGCUGCUCAUCAUCGACUACUCCGAGAACCGCCUGCUGGCCUGUGGCAGCCUCUACCAGGGCGUCUGCAAGCUGCUGCGUCUCGAUGACCUCUUCAUCUUGGUGGAGCCAUCCCACAAGAAGGAGCACUACUUGUCCAGYGUCAACAAGACAGGCACCAUGUACGGAGUGAUCGUGCGCUCCGAGGGGGAAGAUGGCAAGCUCUUCAUCGGCACGGCRGUGGACGGCAAGCAGGAUUACUUCCCCACGCUGUCCAGCCGGAAGCUGCCCCGGGACCCUGAGUCCUCGGCCAUGCUGGACUAUGAGCUCCACAGCGAUUUCGUCUCCUCCCUCAUUAAGAUCCCUUCUGACACCUUGGCCCUGGUCUCCCACUUUGACAUCUUCUACAUCUAUGGCUUCGCCAGCGGGGGCUUCGUCUACUUUCUCACUGUCCAGCCCGAAACCCCCGAGGGUGUGGCCAUCAAUUCCGCCGGGGACCUCUUCUACACUUCCCGUAUCGUGCGUCUUUGCAAGGAUGACCCCAAGUUCCACUCCUACGUGUCUCUGCCCUUCGGCUGCACACGUGCAGGGGUGGAAUACCGCCUCUUGCAGGCUGCUUACCUCGCCAAGCCCGGGGAUGCGCUAGCCCAGGCCUUCAACAUCAGCAGCCAGGAUGAUGUGCUCUUCGCCAUCUUCUCCAAAGGGCAGAAGCAGUAUCACCAUCCACCUGAUGACUCCGCCCUCUGUGCCUUCCCCAUCCGGGCCAUCAACUUGCAGAUCAAGGAGCGCCUGCAGUCCUGCUACCAGGGCGAGGGCAAUUUGGAGCUCAACUGGCUGCUGGGGAAAGAUGUGCAGUGCACCAAAGCGCCGGUCCCCAUCGAUGACAACUUCUGUGGACUGGACAUCAAUCAGCCCCUCGGAGGCUCCACUCCAGUGGAGGGGCUGACCCUCUACACCACCAGUCGGGACCGUAUGACCUCCGUGGCCUCCUACGUUUACAAUGGCUACAGUGUGGUCUUUGUGGGCACCAAGAGUGGCAAACUGAAGAAGAUUCGAGCUGAUGGUCCCCCCCAUGGUGGGGUCCAGUAUGAGAUGGUCUCUGUGCUCAAAGAUGGGAGCCCCAUCCUUCGGGACAUGGCCUUCUCCAUUGAUCAGCGCUACCUAUAUGUCAUGUCUGAGAGACAGGUCACCAGGGUCCCUGUGGAGUCAUGUGAACAGUACACAACUUGUGGGGAGUGCCUGAGCUCCGGGGAUCCUCACUGUGGCUGGUGCACUCUGCACAACAUGUGCUCCCGCAGGGACAAGUGCCAGCGGGCCUGGGAACCAAAUCGAUUUGCUGCCAGCAUCAGCCGGUGCAUGAGCCUCGCAGUACAUCCAAGUAGCAUCUCCGUGUCUGAGCACAGCCGGCUGCUCAGCCUGGUUGUGAGUGAUGCUCCUGAUCUCUCCGCUGGUAUCGCCUGUGCCUUUGGGAACCUGACGGAGGUAGAGGGGCAGGUGUCCGGGAGCCAGGUCAUCUGUGUCUCCCCUGGGCCCAAAGAUGUCCCUGUCAUCCCUGUGGAUCAAGACUGGUUUGGGCUGGAGCUACAGCUGAGGUCCAAGGAGACGGGGAAGAUAUUUGUCAGCACCGAGUUCAAGUUUUACAACUGCAGCGCCCACCAACUGUGCCUGUCCUGUGUCAACAGCGCCUUCCGCUGCCAUUGGUGCAAGUACCGCAACCUCUGCACUCAUGACCCCACGACCUGCUCCUUCCAAGAGGGCCGGAUCAACAUUUCAGAGGACUGUCCCCAGCUGGUGCCCACGGAGGAGAUUCUGAUUCCGGUCGGAGAGGUGAAACCCAUCACCCUUAAGGCUCGAAACUUGCCCCAGCCUCAGUCGGGCCAGCGAGGCUACGAAUGUGUUCUCAACAUCCAGGGGGCCAUCCACCGGGUCCCUGCCCUGCGCUUCAACAGCUCCAGUGUCCAGUGUCAGAAUAGUUCGUACCAGUAUGAUGGGAUGGACAUCAGCAACCUGGCCGUGGACUUCGCCGUCGUGUGGAAUGGCAAUUUCAUCAUUGACAACCCUCAGGACUUGAAAGUGCACCUCUACAAGUGUGCAGCCCAGCGGGAGAGCUGUGGGCUCUGCCUCAAGGCCGACCGCAAGUUCGAGUGUGGCUGGUGCAGCGGCGAGCGCAGAUGCACCCUCCACCAGCAUUGUACCAGCCCCUCCAGUCCCUGGCUGGACUGGUCCAGCCACAACGUUAAGUGCUCCAACCCCCAAAUCACYGAGAUCUUGACAGUAUCAGGACCACCCGAAGGAGGAACUCGAGUGACCAUCCAUGGCGUGAACUUGGGCCUGGACUUCUCCGAGAUUGCUCACCACGUGCAGGUGGCUGGUGUGCCCUGCACACCCCUCCCAGGGGAAUACAUCAUUGCUGAGCAGAUUGUCUGUGAGAUGGGCCAUGCCCUUGUGGGAACCGCCUCUGGGCCAGUGCGCCUGUGCAUUGGCGAGUGCAAGCCAGAGUUCAUGACCAAGUCUCAUCAACAGUACACCUUUGUGAACCCUUCCGUGCUGUCACUCAACCCCAUCCGAGGGCCAGAGUCUGGAGGCACCAUGGUAACCAUCACAGGCCAUUACCUUGGUGCUGGGAGCCACGUGGCCGUAUACCUGGGCAACCAGACCUGCGAGUUCUACGGGAGGUCCAUGAAUGAGAUCGUGUGUGUCUCACCCCCAUCAGCCAAUGGACUGGGCCCAGUCCCGGUUUCCGUGAGUGUUGACAGGGCCCGGGUGGAUAACAGCCUGCAGUUUGAGUACAUAGAUGACCCUCGMGUCCAGCGCAUUGAGCCAGAGUGGAGCAUUGCCAGCGGCCACACACCCCUGACCAUCACAGGCUUCAACCUCGAUGUCAUUCAGGAACCAAGAAUCCGGGUCAAGUUUAAUGGCAAAGAAUCUGUCAAUGUGUGUAAAGUUGUGAACACCACCACCCUGACCUGCCUGGCACCCUCCCUGACCACGGAUUACCGGCCAGGCUUGGACACUGUGGAGCGGCCAGAUGAGUUCGGAUUCGUCUUUAACAACGUCCAGUCCUUGCUGAUUUACAACGACACCAAGUUCAUCUACUACCCCAACCCCACCUUUGAACUGCUCAGCCCCACAGGAGUCUUGGAUCAAAAGCCAGGAUCGCCCAUCAUUCUGAAGGGCAAAAACCUCUGUCCCCCCGCCUCUGGAGGAGCGAAACUCAACUACACGGUGCUGAUUGGAGAGACCCCUUGCGCUGUCACCGUGUCUGAAACGCAGCUCCUCUGCGAACCCCCCAACCUCACAGGGCAGCACAAGGUCAUGGUUCACGUGGGCGGGAUGGUGUUCUCGCCUGGCUCGGUGAGUGUCAUCUCAGACAGCUUGCUGACCCUGCCAGCCAUCGUCAGCAUCGCGGCCGGCGGCAGCCUCCUGCUCAUCAUCGUCAUCAUCGUCCUCAUUGCCUACAAACGCAAGUCUCGAGAAAAUGACCUCACGCUCAAGCGGCUCCAAAUGCAGAUGGACAACCUGGAGUCUCGCGUGGCCCUGGAGUGUAAGGAAGCUUUUGCUGAGCUCCAGACGGACAUCAAUGAGCUCACCAGCGACCUGGACCGCUCAGGAAUCCCCUACCUGGACUAUCGUACCUAUGCCAUGAGGGUCCUGUUCCCGGGCAUUGAGGACCACCCUGUCCUGCGGGAGCUGGAGGUGCCGGGGAACGGACAGCAGCACGUGGAGAAAGCCCUGAAGCUCUUCGCCCAGCUCAUCAACAACAAGGUGUUCCUGCUGACCUUUAUCCGCACCCUGGAGCUGCAGCGCAGCUUCUCCAUGCGUGACCGGGGCAACGUGGCCUCCCUCAUCAUGACUGGCCUGCAGGGUCGCCUGGAGUAUGCCACUGACGUCCUGAAGCAGCUGCUGUCUGACCUCAUUGACAAGAACCUGGAGAACAAGAACCACCCCAAGCUGCUUCUCCGGAGGACCGAGUCUGUGGCUGAGAAGAUGCUGACCAAUUGGUUUGCCUUCCUCCUGCAUAAGUUCCUCAAGGAGUGCGCGGGGGAACCGCUCUUCAUGCUGUACUGCGCCAUCAAACAGCAGAUGGAGAAGGGCCCCAUCGAUGCCAUCACAGGCGAGGCCCGCUACUCCCUGAGCGAGGACAAGCUCAUUCGGCAGCAGAUCGAAUACAAGACCCUGAUCCUGAACUGUGUCAACCCCGACAAUGAGAACAGUCCUGAGAUCCCAGUGAAGGUGCUGAACUGCGACACCAUCACACAAGUCAAGGAGAAGAUCCUCGACGCCGUAUAUAAGAAUGUGCCCUACUCCCAGCGGCCCAGGGCCGUGGACAUGGACUUGGAAUGGCGCCAAGGCCGGAUUGCCCGAGUCGUGCUGCAGGAUGAGGACAUCACUACCAAGAUUGAGGGCGACUGGAAGCGGCUCAACACCCUGGUGCAUUACCAGGUAUCAGACAGGUCGGUGGUAGCUCUGGUCCCCAAACAGACCUCCUCCUACAACAUCCCUGCCUCUGCCAGCAUCUCCAGGACGUCCAUCAGCAGAUACGACUCCUCCUUCAGGUACACAGGCAGUCCCGACAGCCUGCGGUCCAGAGCCCCCAUGAUCACCCCAGACCUGGAGAGCGGGGUCAAGGUGUGGCAUCUGGUGAAGAACCAUGACCAUGGUGACCAGAAGGAGGGUGACCGGGGCAGCAAGAUGGUGUCUGAGAUCUACCUGACUCGGCUACUGGCCACCAAGGGCACCCUCCAGAAGUUCGUGGACGACUUGUUUGAGACCUUGUUCAGCACUGUGCACCGGGGCAGCGCACUCCCCCUGGCCAUCAAAUACAUGUUUGAUUUCCUGGAUGAGCAGGCAGACAGACACAGCAUCCAUGACACAGAUGUGCGACACACCUGGAAGAGCAACUGCCUCCCUCUGCGCUUCUGGGUGAAUGUCAUCAAGAACCCCCAGUUUGUAUUUGACAUCCACAAGGGCAGCAUCACGGACGCCUGCCUCUCUGUGGUGGCCCAGACCUUCAUGGACUCCUGCUCCACGUCAGAGCACCGGCUGGGCAAGGACUCCCCCUCCAACAAGCUGCUCUAUGCCAAGGACAUCCCCAGCUACAAGAGCUGGGUGGAGAGAUACUAUGCAGACAUUGCCAAGCUCCCCGCCAUCAGCGACCAGGACAUGAAUGCCUACCUCGCGGAGCAGUCACGCCUGCAUGCCGUGGAGUUCAACAUGCUGAGCGCCCUCAAUGAGAUCUACUCUUAUGUCAGCAAGUAUAGUGAGGAGCUCAUUGGGGCACUAGAGCAGGAUGAGCAGGCCCGGCGGCAGCGGCUGGCUUACAAGGUGGAGCAGCUCAUUAGUGCCAUGUCCAUUGAAAGCUGAGAGGAGGGGACCGAAUUCCUGGGAAGAUGGACCCACACAAGCUGUCACGCUGGAGUCUCAGAAGGAAGGACAGUAAAGGGGGUCAGGCCCAAGAGCUGGCAGCCCCUGAGAUCCCACCCCGGGAUGAGGGGAGGGCCCCUCUUCUGACGCCAGCAGGUUUCCUCACAGCCAGUUCCUGCCAGGAAAGACCGAGGGCACCAUUCAUCCACAGCCAGAACAAGAGACAAGGACCGGCCAGGAGAAGGUGGCUCUUCAAGCUGGAGCAGGGACAGUCCUGCCUCCAUAACUGCUGCUUUGCAUGAAAACUCAUUUGAUGUAUAUUGGGGAAAUAAUGAGAACUUUAUUUAAUUUUUUUUAAGAAAAACGGAAAAAAAAAACAGAAAUAAACAAAACAAAAAGCUGCCCUGUU